AUAUGUAAACCAUCAGAUAAACAGGGGAUUUUGUGAUAUCUUUUUUUUUUUGGUGGUGCAUGGAUCAAAAGAAAGAAGUAGAGAUUAGGAGAGAGAAUCCAGUUGUGACCAAGACCAAGCUAAUAGUCAUGACUGAGGGAGGGAUUAUGAUCAAAGGAGCAGAGACCGUGACAGGUACAAUGAUCGAGAAUGUGGUAGGGAUUAUGAGCACCCUUGGACUUAUGAUUCUAGAAGUCGCACAGGUCACAUUCAAGGUCUAAGGAGCAUUCCAGGGAUUAUGAUUGUCACAGGUACUUUUUUCUCUUUGUUUAUGGUUUUUUAAAGUUCAUUUUCACAUGGACUUGUGAAUGAGUCUCCUGCCAUUAUUGGUUCAUUUUGUAAUUCCAUAUGUGUUUGUUUACAUGUCAAAUUGAUGCAUGUUUGGAUUAUAUGUUUGCUUCUUAUCAUAUUCUUCACUCAACUACCUGUAGGUAAUUUCAUUAUUUUCAAAAAGAUCUAACUACCUUAGGUAAGUUUUAUCAAAGUGGAAAUGUGGAAUAGAGGGUAUAGGUUAGA